CAAGACUGUCAUUGCGUCUUGAAUGGCGUCACACCUCGUGAAACAGCUGUGAUUGUUGAUGACACUCAAUCGAGUUUUUUAAUAAAUAAUGAAUUGCUCAUAUUAUAAAUACUGUAUAGUGCCCCAAUGUAAAAGUACAACGAUAAAAACGCCAGACAAAUUAUUCAUAUACGUUCCAAACAAUAAAAAAAUACGAAGAAUGUGGUUAAAAAUGGCAAGGAGGCAAGAUGCUCUUACCUUAUCAACUAAUUCCACAAUUUAUUUCUGUGAAGAUCAUUUUGAUUUGCCAAACGAUAUGAUUAAUUAUACAGAGUAUCAUAUUAUGGGCAAAGUCUCUAAAGUGCGCAUGAAACCAGGUUGUAUACCAAGGAAGUUCGAAUGCCAAGAAGAUAGAAGGAAACGGACGUGCAGGUAUAAGGAACGACCAUAUAUGUUGAAAAAACAAAGAAUGUCAAUAAUCGCAGAGUGUUUGAAUGAACCAGAACAAAGUAGUACCUUAAGUUCUUAUAUCCAGGAUACUUCUAAUACAAGUUCAGAUUUUAAAAUAGUUGGAGAAAAUGUACCCAAAACACAUGAAACUUUAUGUGAACUAACAUCGAAUAAAUCUGUUCAAGCAUUAAUAACACACAAAUGCAGAAGUAAAGCUAUCCAGACUACAAUUAAAUCAACAGAAAAUGCACUAUCAUCAUUGAAACCACCAAAAGUAUCUACCUCCACAUCCCCAUUCAAAUCAGAAACUAUUAUAAAUUCAAGUCCUUCUAUGUCCGGUCUCAGCAAAACUACAAGAAAUAUGUCUAAUGAAGCAGAACAGUCAGAUAGUGACAUUUCUUUAUAUGUACUAUCUACAUCUACCACCAGCUGCUCGCCUGUGCAUUCUUUGAAAGUAGAAUCUUCUUAUGACUGUAGUGAAUUUAUUGAAGAAGACAAAAAGGUAGAAGCAAAAGAGGCCAUAUGGAAUGUGAUUGAAAAAAAUGAGAAUAGGCCUCGACUGUACAUUGAUGUUCCAAGCAAGUGUUACUAUUUGAUUGAUAUAAUAAAAGAGGAAGUAAAUAUUCCUGAACAUCAUUUCUAAUAGUUGACAAUAUAAGAAUAAUGAUUAUGACUCGGUUAUUUUCAAAUAUUAUUAUUGUCUUCAAUUUAUGUUAGCUGAUUUAAAAUAUUUUAUUAUAUUAGUCUUUAAAGUCAUACCAAAUAUUUAUAUUAAUCUUUUUAUAUGGCUAGUGAGAUUUAAAUUUACUUUAUAGGGUUAAAUUACUUUAUACGACAAUGUUAAUUAAAGUGAAAAUUUUGUCUAAAAUAAUGUUAUAUUGAUUCUUAUAAGAAACGUUAUAAUCAUUAGAGCAUAAAGGCAGAUUGAAUGAAAUUUCAUACUAUUUACCCCCAUCUUUAUGUUUAUUAAUUUUUGGUCCCACAAUACUUUGUCUAAAUUGAGUAGAUAUUAUAAAUAGUGGCUGGAUAUUUUGUACCAUCUGAUUUAUUACUUUGGCUGUAACAAAAAAUGGAUCUUAAAACAAUGUCGGAUUUAUAUUUUUGAAUGAUUGGGCAUUUUGCAAUUUUUAAAAGUGGAAUAUUUUUAUUCCGACCUUGUUUCUUCUUGCAACGUACCAAUCACUUCAAGUAAUUCACUUGCAUACGUCAUAACAGGAUCGACACCACGUUAUUUUGUUUUAAUACCAUCCUAUGUUGUCGUGUCAUGGUUCGUUAUAAAUAUUGUCUUGCACCAAAAUGUACCAACACCACUAGUACUACACCAAAUAACGUAUUUUUAAGUAUCUCCAAGGAAGAAAAAUUAUGGAAAUAAAGGUGUAAUACAAUAAAAAGGGAGAGUAAAAGAAAUACUCUUUUAUUAAUUACAAGUAAACAUUUUGGGCAGAGUACGACUUCCGUGGCGCCGCGAUUUAACAGCGGAUUUGACUUAAUUAAGCCAAAAUAAAUCGAAAAUGAAGAAUGAAAUUUUUUAAAUCUCGCUUCGUUUUCGAGAUAUCGAUACUUAAAGUUAUAAUCAAAUGUU